CUUUCUAUUAUUAGGAUUUAAUUUUCUCAUGUUUGCAUGAUCUGUUCUGUUCAUUAGCUAAAAUGUUCUUGGGAUUUCGUUGGAUUUUUUGUUUCGAAAUUUGACGAACUGUUGGAGUUUUGGGAUUAGGGUUUCUUUUAAUUCUUGUAAACCUUAGUUAAUCAUCUUCUAGGUUUUGUUGUUGUUCGAUCUUUGUUUGAUUAAGUUGUUUACGUACUAAAUACAUUUCGAAAUCUCUGCAUUAGUGUGUUAGAUCUUGUUUCCUAUUGCGCUUCUGAAUUUGAUCGGACUAGACAUUAUGGCUGAUGAUCGAGAUCAAGAUUCAAAAUCACGUAGAUUUUCUUCGCGUAUUUGCAGUUUUGAUUUCCAGGCUUUAGAUAGAGGUUUGAUUCAAGCUGUAGGGGAAAAGAGAGAAGAAAAAUGUCGGGAUCUGAAGGUGGUGUGAUGACCAGUAGAGACUCCUUCAAUGUCGCCGUUCAAAAUAGUUCGUUACAGUCGCAGCCGGCGGCCCAAAAUAUGCGAUUAUCCUUCAGUGCCGAUGGCACAGCCGUCUACAAACCUGUGACUGUGACUCCGACUCCGACACCUUCAACUUUACCGUCCUACCAAUCCUCCAUGGCCGGAGUUUCUGGUAAUGCCGGUAAGGAGGGAUCGGCUGGUGGUGGGUCGAUACUGCCUCAUGAUUUGAAUAUAAACUCGGUGGGCAGUGAGCAAAUAAAGAGGAAGAGAGGAAGGCCAAGGAAGUAUGGACCAGAUGGCUCCAUGGCAUUAGCUUUGGGUUCUGGGCAGCCAUCAAGAAGUGGAGCUUCUGAAGGAGGAUUGGGCUCACCAAAUUCAUUGAAAAAAAGUAAAGGCAGGCCAUCUGGUUCUAAGAAAAAGCGACAAUUGGAAGCUUUGGGACCGGCUGGUUUUGGAUUCACUCCACAUGUUAUCGAUGUGAAAGCUGGAGAGGAUAUAUCGUCAAAGAUAAUGUCCUUUUCUCAGAAUGGCCCCAGGGCUAUUUGUAUCCUUUCAGCAAAUGGAGCAAUAUCAAAUGUGACUUUACGUCAACCUGCUACAUCUGGUGGAACUGUCACUUAUGAGGGGCGGUUUGAAAUUUUGUCACUUUCAGGUUCAUUUCUCCUCUCCGACAAUGGUGGUCAGAGGAGCAGAGCUGGUGGUUUGAGUGUGUCUUUGUCCGGUCCAGAUGGCCGAGUUUUAGGUGGCGGAGUUGCGGGUCUUCUUACAGCUUCAUCUCCUGUUCAGGUGGUAGUGGGAAGUUUCAUAGCCGACAGCAAUAAGGAACCAAAGCCAUCCCGCCAAACUGAACCCACAACAGCCUCGCCAAUGCUAAACCAAGUCGCCUUUGGUCACUUGACCGGAGGAGCCAGUAGUCCAUCGCACGGGACGCUGAGCGAGUCUUCCGGUGGUGGACCUGGCAGCCCCCUCAACAACAGCUCAGGAGCCUGCAACAACAGCAUCCAUCCACAGACAAUGUCCGGCAUGCCAUGGAAGUUUCUUUAAUCGGGAUGGAAUCAAAUUUAAAUCAAAGAUCCUGUAGUCUUGCCAUAUCCCACC